CAAUUUUGAGCUAAAACACAACAGCUUUUGGCCCUAAAAUAUGCUAUUAGGAAUAGUUUAGUGUUAAUAAUAAUAAUCUCAUAGUUUUUACCAAGAAUGGGUGGCAAAACCAAACAGACUCAGCGAACGAAGAAUAAUGUUCGGCCAUCAAGCAGCGGCCGCAGCGCCGAGCUCCUAAACAACGCGGUCCGCAUGGACCCCGGCCUCAUGAGCACAAGCUCAGGCAAGGUGCUGCCAGUGCUGUUCCCGACAUUGGCCGCUCCGUUGGACCCGACACUGAACCCGGACUUUAUGUUGUGUUUAAAGAAGUUGAAUAAGAAGGAUCCUAUUACGAAAACAAAGGCACUACAAGAGCUGUGUGACCUGAUCAGAAAAGGGGAUGUAGAAGACGUAAUAGCAGCUCUGGGUAGUUGGGCACACUACUAUAAACAACUCACUACGGACACCGAUCACAAAGUGCGAGAGGCUGCUCAGGUGGCGCAUGGCGUCAUCGCUGGCGCUUGUGGGCGCCGCCUGGCGCCACAUCUGAAGUCAUUACUGCCCCCGUGGCUUCAGGCGCAGUAUGAUGAGUACGCCCCGGCCGCCACGGCCGCCCGCGCCUCCCUGACGUCAACGUUCCCAGAAAGCAAGCUGCCGGAUGUGAUCUCCUUCUGCAUGUCUGAAGUCAUCGCCCAUCUUUUAGAGAACCUCGUCGGCAACGCGGAGGCUGCCCUUAGCAAGAAAAUUCUGACACCCGAGGAGAAGGAGCUCCAAUGGGCAAGGCUGGUGACCGCCAGUCUCCAAGGCUUGGAGUUCUUCGUACAGCAUCUGCCUUCACAACACGAUGACUGGCUGUGGGCAGAACUAACGCCGCUCCUAGCGGCUAGUUCCUUCUGGAAGAUGCCCUUCAACAAGUCGCAGCAAGUCAGAGCGUCGUGGUUCGGCGCCCUGGGCCGUAUAAUCGGCCGCUACGGCGACACGUUCGGCGCCGCCCACGGCUCACGGACCGCCAAGCUGUUACUAGGGGCACCCUCCACGCUCGCGCAACAGUGGUGCUGUCUGCUGGUGCUGCUGCGACAUGUCAAGGACGACACGUGGCUAGACAAAAAGGAUCUUCUGAUUAAGAGGAUAAUCGACGUCUUAGAAAACGGGGGCUGGGGCGACGCGAAACACCUGUCGAGUAUACUGCUGCCACUUCUAGCUUUCUUGCCACAGCACAUGCUCACUAAACAGUUCUACGAGACCUUUUUCAAUGCCGUAUUUAAAGGACUAGAGAAGAAAAGCGUGAUCAGCUCAAAAAGCGAACGUCAAUCUUGGAUCGCGAGCCUCUCCGAGUGCCUUCGCUACCUCUCCCUCCAACACACAGAGUUCAUGGUGGAAGUGGCCACGGCGGUACAUAGAACGUGGUUGGAGAAAAUACUGGCGGGUCAUGAUGGACAGACUACUUGUAAUUUAGUGAGAUAUUCGGGAGGAAAUAUGGCGUCGCUGGUCAAAUACUGGCUGAGACAGUCGCUUGAGGCUAAGGAAGGUGCUGAUAAAUACGACCAGCUGGCCCGGAACUUUUGGCAGAACAUCGCCUCCACCGUCGUCGCUCAGAUCGACAAACUCUCCACCAACCAGAACGACAUUACCGCCCUCGUCGACGCCCACAUAUUAUUGCUGCAGACCCUUAAAACUUCUCAGGAAACUAAGAAGCCAAAAAGCAUUAAAUUCAAUGAUGAGAAACAAGCAGAGAACGAUGACACGGAAGAAACGAGCCAGCAAUGUAAUGCAUCUAUCGACGAGAGAUACAAACAUAACUUAAACAACGUCGUUGAGAAAAUCUGUGCACAGUACUUCGAGUACGCUAGCAAAAAACAAGUCGCCAAUGCGGUUUUCACUCCAUUACUUACGCUACUUAUUGAGUUUGAUGAUAAGAAUCUCUUCUUAGCGUUAUCAAAACAUUUCGACUCGGAUACCAUCUAUGGAUUUUACGAUAAAACAUUAAAAGGAUGGUUGGCCGGCGAUACCAUGCGAUGCAAAGCAGCAGUGGAUAUCGUAUUCCUUUUAAUGAAACAUUUGUCUGAAAAAGAACAGGAUGCCCUGCUGGAUUCUUUCAAACAGUUCCCUCCGUCGGUCGUCGAGUGGUGUAUCUCUCUGUCUCUCUCGCACCCGCACUGCCGACUACCUGCAGUGCGGCGAUGGCUGCGAGGUACUUUAGUAGAAGACAGCUUGGUCGCCGUGUGUAGGAGGAUGAUUAACGAAGACGACAGCAAGAGCAGGAGUUUGCUGCUCAUGUGUUUGGCGACGGAUGAUGAUGGCGAGAUAAUGAUAUCGCAAUCAUCAGUAUCAAAGAUAAUGGAGCUGGUGUGCUCUGCGCUGAGUCCCGCAGCACCGUCGUUAGAACGGCUGGCGGGAGCGGCGGCGGCGCUCGCCAGCGAGUUGGCCGGCUCCGACUGUACCCAGCUGGCUUUGUCUCUAUUCCGGCUGCAACUGACUGUACAGCGUGGCUCCGGUCUCCUAAACGUGGAGACGUGGUGCGAAGUGCGCAGCGCGUGGCAGGACGCGGGCGGCGGCCGACAACAGUUCAGGGCUCAAGCGACGCGGGCCGCUACACAGGAACUUGUUCACGGCUCGGAGUCCCUAGACGUGCAGAGGGUCGAGCACAUAGCCUCGCUGUGCCCGUACCUGCUGCCCCAGUUCGGCGACUCGCAGCUGCCCGGCGACACGGGGGACGUCGCGGCGCUUCUUAAACAACUGUUCCGCUUUGAGACACGAGAGGAUUCUGUAGAGGUGUUCGCCCUCAGACACGACUGUAUCCACUCCAACCUGAACUGUCCCCUGGACGACACGGACGCCAUUAGGACCGUGAUCCAGCAGUCAGGGGACUCAUCACCAGAAUUGGACAAAAAGGAGGCUAUUGCUUAUAUGAACAAGGUUGUUUUUCGCGCGGCGCUGCUACGGACACUCAUCUUACACAGGAAUGAGGAUGAGCAGGCGUGGGGCGAGGAAUUGUUUAAAAACGAAUACAUAUUGGAAGAGUUAGCGCGCGUCCUGCACGACUACGCGGUCGUGAGCGCGCUGUUUGACGGAUACGCUUUUUGGCCCAGUUUCGAGAUCAUCAGCGUCGCCAAACAGCACCUAACUAGCAUCAUCGACGCCAUCACCUCAGACAUGACGUCACACUUCCCUCUACUGAACCACUUAACUCAGCGGGCUGCCACGGAGGGGUACUACUGGAGCUUUGCUAAAGUCAUUUUGGAGGAGAAGCUUAGAGAGAGAGGGAGGGAAAACCGGGGGAGCGGGAUGGCGAGUCAUGGCGUGAAGUUAGAAGAAAUUGUCACUGGAAAUGGAUUUUUCCAUACGCUUCAGGCGGAAUCUAGAUCAUCACCGGACUCGCUAGCGCCUCUCCGCGCGAAAUACCUGGUGAUGCUCCGCAGCUUCUAUCUCGCUCACGCACACGAGCCGGGUGUCAUCGACGCCACAUUCAUCAGUGAGGCGGCUGCGGGCGUCGCCACCGACGCUUCUGUUAUAGUCAACGCUUAUUAUAGGCAUCAGCAUACUAUGCUUUAUGAAAGCGACAUAUCGAAAGCAGAAUGGCGUCAAGUAGUCAGCAACACGGCCAUCGUGGAGUAUCUCACAGAGAUGGUGGACGCGGUGGGUUGGGAGGCUGCGGCCGCCAGCUGGGACUUCACCACCAUCUCGCUAUGUUCCCUCGCCGGGAGAAUACACCCAGGGUGUCCUAAGAUGGUGGAGGCGGUGGGGUGGCAGGCUGCGGCCGCCAGCUGGGACUUCACCACCAUCUCGCUAUGUUCCCUCGCCGGGAGAACACACCCAGGGUGUCCUAAGGUAACAACACACAACAACACGGCCAUCGUGGAGUAUCUCACAGAGAUGGUGGAGGCGGUGGGUUGGGAGGCUGCGGCCGCCAGCUGGGACUUCACCACCAUCUCGCUAUGUUCCCUCGCCGGGAGAACACACCCAGGGUGUCCUAAGAUGGUGGAGGCGGUGGGGUGGCAGGCUGCGGCCGCCAGCUGGGACUUCACCACCAUCUCGCUAUGUUCCCUCGCCGGGAGAACACACCCAGGGUGUCCUAAGGUAACAACACACAACAACACGGCCAUCGUGGAGUAUCUCACAGAGAUGGUGGAGGCGGUGGGUUGGGAGGCUGCGGCCGCCAGCUGGGACUUCACCACCAUCUCGCUAUGUUCCCUCGCCGGGAGAAUACACCCAGGGUGUCCUAAGGCAACGAUGUUGGCGCGUUCAGUCCUGCGCCUAUUCCUGGCGGUCCAACGGUUCGUCAACUCCAUCCGCGGCGAGUGCCUCAAACGGGAGCCUUUACCUCACGUCGCUGAACUGCCCACGGAGUGGAAGGACAUAUUCUCACCCGACCUGCAGUGCAACUUGUUCUCUAUCGUCGUUAAAGUGCUGGGUGAAGCGGAAAGGUCCCUCACGGCGCCGCGCGCUGCUUUCAUCGACGCCUUGCUGCCCGUCGCGCGGACGCUGGAUUGGCACGCGCUACCGCAACAAUACAAGAACGGUGAGCUCUCGGUGGCGCGCCUGUUGCAAGCGGCGGUGACCGCGCUGUGUGCGCCGGCGCACCCCGCCUACAAGUACCUCGCGCACGGCCUGCUGGCCGCGCUGGCCAAGCCCCUGGUGCUGCAUGACGUAUGGUCACCGGCACGGUCGCCAUGUGAUUACUCCGAAUCACCGCGUUCUCAACUCGCGAUAUGCGGCUUACAACCAGCACUCACCAAGUUACAAGAACUAGUCGACGCAGCCUUACACACGCUCAAGGUGGGAGAGGAGACGUGCGAGAUGGUGCCGGGAACUGACAGCCACAGCGUGGCUCUAGGCUACCUGUUGCUAGGAGACGCGGCCUGCACCAUCUGCCAGCUCUCGCGAGGUGACCUAGUGCAUCACUACAUCGAGAUCUUCAGGGAGCCUCGGCACGCCGAGGUGCUGGUGGCGUGCGCGUUGCGGCUGCUGCCCGCGGCCGUGGCGGCGCACGCGCAGGACAGCGGCACGGCCCCCGCCCCCGCACAGUACGCCGCCAUGUUCCUGACCCCGCCUGAAUUCUCCGUCCGGGAUCCCCCCUCAGCCCUGGACGUGGGGCGGCUGUCGUGCCGCUCGGUGUGCCACGGCGCGCGCUGGGCGGGCGGCGCGCUGCGCGGCUGGUGGGGCGCGGCGCCGGCGCGGGCGGCGCGCGCGCUCGAGCGGCUGCUGAAGGCCUACGUGUCGCCGCACCUCAUCAAAGAGCAGCUGACGGCCGUCAGUGCGGGCGCGGAAGGUUUAGAGGACGCCGAGGUGACGGUCCACCCGUCGACCAACGAGGUGGUGGUGACGUACCUGGUAGAAGACCGUCCUCUGGAAUUGUCCGUGUCGCUGGGCGCGGCGCACCCGCUGCAUCCGCCGCGCGUCGCGGCCCCCCGCGCGCCGCACCACAGCACGCACUGGCUCGCUGUUUACCUCGCUUACCAGAACGGCACAGUCCUAAACGCGAUCCGCAUGUGGAUGGACACGGUCGCCAAACGCGUGGAGGCCUCCCCGCAGUGCUACAUCUGCUACUGCCGCCUGCAGCCCUCGACGGGCCGCCUGCCCAGAGUGGCCUGCCACCAGUGCCGCAACAAGUUCCACGCCGAGUGCCUGCGCAAAUGGUUCCAAACGUCGAGCAAAUCCAACUGCCCGCUGUGUCGCGCCAACUUCUAGGCCCCACGAGGCCUACAUGAGGCCUGUACGAUUGCACAAGGUCUUUGGGAGGCCCGCUCAUCACUUCAAUUACAUACUUACU